GAGCGGCGGGAGCGCGCGAGGCUCUGUUACGCAGGCGCGUUCGCGCGGCGUAGGUGACGCUGGAGGCCGUCUGGGGGGUUGAAGGGAGACUGCGCUGCCGCCAUUUUGUAGGGUGUUUGUCGCAGCGGCUGGAGAGAGAAGACGGCGGUCUGGCGACGUUUCUCGGCCAAAAGGCCUUUUGCCUUUGCGGAGAUGCGGCAUUCCAAAAGAACUCACUGCCCUGAUUGGGAUAGUAGAGAAAGCUGGGGACAUGAAAGCUACGGUGGAAGUCACAAACGGAAGAGGAGGUCCCAUAGUAGUACGCAGGAGAACCGACAUUGUAAACCACAUCACCAGUUUAAAGACUCUGAUUGAUGUUCCAUUGGGACUGUUUACCAGAUUGCUUUCUAAAUUAGCCAGCUGGGGUUACUUUAAAAAACAUCAUUAUUUAGAAGCCAGGUCCUUGAAUGAGAGAGAUUAUCGGGACCGGAGAUAUGUUGAUGAAUACAGAAAUGACUACUGUGAAGGAUAUAUUCCUAGACAUUAUCACAGAGACGUGGAAAGCAGUUACCGAAUCCACUGCAGUAAAUCCUCAGUCCGAAGCAGGAGAAGCAGUCCUAAAAGGAAGCGUAAUAGACACUGUUCAAGUCAUCAGUCACAUUCGAAGAGCCACCGAAGGAAAAGAUCCAGGAGUAUAGAGGAUGAUGAGGAGGGUCACCUGAUCUGUCAAAGUGGAGACGUUCUAAGAGCAAGAUAUGAAAUCGUGGACACUUUGGGUGAAGGGGCCUUUGGCAAAGUUGUAGAGUGCAUUGAUCAUGGCAUGGAUGGCAUACAUGUAGCAGUAAAAAUCGUAAAAAAUGUAGGUCGAUAUCGAGAAGCAGCUCGUUCAGAAAUCCAAGUAUUGGAACAUUUAAAUAGUACUGAUCCCAAUAGUGUCUUCCGAUGUGUCCAGAUGCUAGAGUGGUUUGAUCAUCAUGGUCAUGUUUGUAUUGUGUUUGAAUUGCUGGGACUUAGUACCUAUGAUUUCAUUAAAGAAAAUAGUUUUCUGCCAUUUCAAAUUGAUCACAUCAGGCAGAUGGCAUAUCAGAUCUGCCAGUCAAUAAAUUUUUUGCAUCAUAAUAAAUUAACCCAUACAGAUCUGAAGCCUGAAAAUAUUUUAUUUGUGAAGUCUGACUAUGUAGUCAAAUAUAAUUCUAAAAUGAAACGUGAUGAACGUACGCUGAAAAACACAGAUAUCAAAGUUGUUGACUUUGGAAGUGCAACCUACGAUGAUGAACAUCAUAGUACUUUGGUAUCUACACGGCAUUACAGAGCUCCAGAGGUCAUUUUAGCUUUAGGUUGGUCUCAGCCUUGUGAUGUUUGGAGCAUAGGUUGCAUUCUUAUUGAAUAUUACCUUGGCUUCACAGUCUUUCAGACUCAUGACAGUAAAGAGCACCUGGCAAUGAUGGAACGAAUAUUAGGACCCAUACCAACACACAUGAUUCAGAAAACAAGAAAACGCAAGUAUUUUCAUCAUGACCAGCUAGAUUGGGAUGAACAUAGUUCUGCUGGUAGAUAUGUUAGGAGACGCUGCAAACCAUUAAAGGAAUUUAUGCUUUGUCAUGAUGAAGAACAUGAGAAACUGUUUGACCUGGUUCGAAGAAUGUUAGAAUAUGAUCCAGUGAAAAGAAUUACCUUAGAUGAAGCAUUGCAGCAUCCUUUCUUUGACUUAUUAAAAAAGAAAUGAAAUGGAAAUCGGUGGUCUUACUAUAUACUUCUCUAGAAAGAGAUUACUUAAGACUGUGUCAGUCAGCUCUAUAAACAUUCUGAUAUUUUUGUAAGCAUUAAAUUAUUUUGUACAGUUAAGUGUAAAUACUGUAUGUUUUGUAUCAAUAGCAUAAUUAUCUUGUUAAGCAAGUAUGGUCUUGAUAAUGAAUGAAAUAUAAAAGUUAAAAUUAAUUUUCCUUUUUGAGAUUAUCAUUUUUAAAGACCUUUGGAAUAUCCUGUGUCCAGUGAUAAAUGUGAUUGAUCUUGUCUUUUGUACAUGGAGGUCAACUCUUUGAAGUGAUUUUUUGAGUAAAAGGAAAUCUUGACUACUCUA